AUGGCCCCGCAACACCAGAACGAACCGACCAAGACGGUGCCCGUCCAGGCCUCGACCAAGCCCGUCGCUAUCAAGAACGCCUUGAACCAGGAGGUGGAGCACUUCAAGUUCGAGCACCCGGAGCUGCUGAGCGUGUACCCGGCCACCAAGUUCGACCCGAUCCCCGAACUGCCGUACGAGGACUGCGGGCUGAAGGCCGACCCGACGUUCAAGAACCUGCUCAAGGACGCGACCGUGACCCACUUGGCGCCCAAGAUCGGCACCGAGUUGUCGGGCAUCCAGCUGCAUGAACUCACGAACGCGCAGCGCGACGAGCUGGCGCUGCUCAUCGCCCACCGCGGCGUUGUGUUCUUCCGGGACCAGGAGAUCACCAUGGAGCAGCAGCUGGAGCUCGGACGCUACUACGGCCCGCUGCACGUGCACCAGAACUUGGGCCACCCGGAGGGCCACCACGAGGUCGUGGUCGUCGAAAACUCGGUCGAGACGAGCGACGCGUUCCUCAAGCGCCAGAUCUACGACCCGUUCAACGCCUGGCACAGCGACGUGUCCAACGAGCGCCAGCCACCGUCCUACACGAGCUUCAAGGUGCUGACGAACCCGCCGGUGGGCGGCGACACGCUCUGGGCGUCCGGCUACGAAGCGUACGACCGGCUCACUCCGCCAAUGAAGGAGUUCAUCUCGGGGCUCACGGCCAUUCACACGGGCAUCCCUCAAGCUACUGCUGCGGCCGCUAAAGGUCAGAACAUCCGCCGUCCACCGGUCGAGUUUGAACACCCGGUUGUCCGUACGCACCCGGUGACCGGCCGCCGCUCGUUGUACGUGAACCCGGCGUUCACCAAGCGCAUCGUGCAGUUGUCUGCUGCUGAGUCUGACGCGGUGCUGCGACUUCUGUACCAGCACGUGACCGAGGGCCACGAGUUCCAAGUGCGCUUCCGCUGGACGAAGAACGCCGUGGCGAUUUGGGACAACCGCUCCACGUUCCACUACGCGACGUUCGACUAUCUGCCCGGCAACCGCCACGCUGUGCGCGUGACGCCGCAUGGCGAAGUGCCGUACUUCGACCCUGAAGCUGUCCCCAAGUAA